AGGAGCGCUCCGCCGGGGCGGCAGUCAGAUGAGCGUUCCCCCCUGUCCGACUGAGGCCGUGCCCGGUGACGAUGACGGCCAGCCUCUCCACCAGCCUCGUAGCGCCGCUGCUGCUGCUGCUAGUCUCAGACUGGCAGCUGCCGACCGCAGAGGGUUCCUACAGCUCGCUGUCGACCUCCUCUAACAUCACUCACGUGGGCGGCGAGCAGUUCUUCUGCGAGGGCGCCGACCGGCGUCCCGUGCCACAUAAUCAGAUCUGUGACGGCGUCAACGACUGUGAAGGCCGAGAGGACGAGACCAACUGCCACGAGUGCAAGAGCACAGGCUGGCGGUGCCUCACCAGUCACGAGUGUGUCUCGGCGCUCAACAAGUGUGACGGCGUCACCCACUGCCCGGACGGCAGUGAUGAGGACCGGCGCGACUGUAUGCUCGAGCCGUGCCACGGCAAGAACCGCUUCAAGUGCGCCAACGGCAUCUGCGUCAACGCAGAGGAGAGGUGCGACUGCCACCCGGUGUGUUCAGACGGCUCAGACGAGUGGAACUGUGGCACCGAGCGGCGCUCCUGCCGACCACACGAGUUCAGUUGCACGCUCUCCGGGCCGCCGCGGCUCUGCCUGAAAAGGUGUAACGUGUGUGACGGCCACAUGGACUGCCCGCACGGAGAGGAUGAGAAGAUCUGCCGCGAGUGCCGGCACGGCGCCUUCCACUGCCGAUCGGACGUCUGCAUCGAGCAGUUCAGAAGGUGUAACGGGGUGGAGGACUGUGACGGCGGCGAGGACGAGCUCGACUGUCCCGAGGAGCCGCGCUCGCCGGUGAGCGCCGGCCGGCGGCCGCGGCACCCGGAGGCCGGGGGUCGCGCCGGCGCCGCCGGGCCAGCCGCGCUGCUCGGCGCCGGCCUGCCGCCGACACUGCUGACGCUGCUGCUGCUGACGCUGCUAACGCUCCGCUGAACACACCUCUCUGCGCCAGCCGCCGCCGCCGGCCGGCGUGGGACCGGACUGAGGCAGACCCAUCGUAUCUCUCACAGCAGACAGCGGCAUCAGCUUCAGCCAUUCAUUCACCAUGCGGUCAUGUUGAUUGGUUAUCUCCGCAAUCAGCAAGUGACCGGCUGGGUAAAAGAACGGAUUCAUAUCCGAAUUUCGGUGCCAAUUUUGUACAGGGUGGUUUCCAACAUGGCUCAAAGAUGGAAUCUCAACCAUUAAAUAUUUAUUUAAAACAGAGCAGCUUGUAGAUAUCAAAAUGCGACAUGGACCCCUUCUUGGUCUGAAGGGCUAUUUGUAAUUAUGGUCGGAUCGCCGCCGAACCUGACCACUGUGCGCUGCGGUCUCGCCGGGAUCACCAUUUACAGCCCUACCGAGUCGUCUCGCUGGGGAUUUUGUAUGGAGCGCGCCCAGUGGGGGGUUGUAUGUAGUGCAUGGUAAUUGUAUUGUACACUAGUAUAAGCAGCGGGAGUUGCACAGCAAUGGCGGGGUCCGAAACGACCUGGUUUAAGCAGCCGAAGGUCAGAAGGCCAGAGUGCCCCAACAGGCAGCGUUCGUUUUCAGUAAGACACCGCCCUCACACUCCGACCCGUCUGAUUCCAGCCAGCCAGUCAGCAGAAAUUCCAGGCGAUAAAUUAUCGCGUCGGUCUAUGGCUCAUCUAUCGACCCGGCCGAUGUCGCUGGGUCAGUUCGAUUUUCGGCGGCUACUGUUCCAGGUCACCGGUCAUGGCGGGCUGGGAGCCAAGGCCUUGCAUUGCCUUGUAAUUUGCGUACCCUCGCUUCCCCUUUUCCUUAAUCCUUUCAUUCCCCGACACCCACCAUCUCCUUGGCGGCUCUGGGCUCCGCACCGCGCCGGCUCCUGGCCACGGGCCGCGAUCGCGACACAAAUUAAUUGUAAGUACAACAGCGAGGCCACUCGUCGCUCCCCAACGGGCCCAAGCAGCCGGUGGCAGCUAAUGCUAUAGCGGGUAUGACGGCCAGCGCAAUGGUCGAGAGCUUUGCGAGACAUCUUUUUAUACGUCUAUGUGAAGUGCUAUCGAAGUUGGGCGCUUCACCGAAUCUCGAUAGAGCUGAAGUUUAUUUUUAUUUAUUUACACUGGUCCAUGUAGGUAUUAGUAAAGUAAUCUUGCAUGUAGGAUGUAGGUGCGUGUAGCGACAUACUGAAGUACCUCCGUCGGUCGCACGUCAGUAGGUUUACAAGAGAUUCCUGGGUCAUUAAAUUAAAUGAAUGACAUUUGAUUGUGUUUGGGUAUUGUACUGAAGUAUGUUACGUGCCAUGAUUUGAGAUUGCAAACAUUUUCGUCAUUUGCAUUAAUUUUAGGGCCGUCUAAUCUUUUUACAAGCCUUCCCAUGGAAUUAAAUGAGGUACUCGUUGCCUUAUACGAUUCCCGCGCAGCCUUCAAAAUAAUCAAAAAGCAAUGUAAAGUUUUUCGCAAUCUUCAUCUGCUGUUAUAUUUACUAAGGUUGUAUUUUUAUAUUACCGUUAUUUAAAGAACUGCAGGCUCCGCCUUACUUUUGUACUAGUGUACACCUGUAUUUGUUACUGUUCCUGGACUCUGUUUUUUUUUUUCAGACAUUAUUCGUGGAUGGCUUGCAAAUAGGUAGGGUAGCUACUUAAUCAUGUCGUGGAGGUGUGUAAAUAUGAAUGUCUGUGUGUUUGUGUGCAUAUAAAAGUUAUUUUGUAGGUAUUUAAUGUGGCACACGACGAUGCAUGAAUGGUUUAUACUUAUAGAUACUAAGCAGUAAGCACCAUCGUUUCCGUUUUCUGAGGCACACAAUACAGAAACAUAGCAGAUAGGCCGAACAAUUUAAAGUUGCUGAAAACGCGUAAACUCAGUUUAUGUCAGCCUUCUCCGUGCUUGCUCUCAUUUAUCAUUUCUAAGCAUCCGCUGCAAUCUUGCCUCUGCCUCAACACUCAAUUUAGGAUAUUGUUCAAGCCGACGAGCACUAAUACCGAGCCAUGACAAGUUGUCAAGGACAGUAAAGACAGGCGAAACUUCUACGGAUUACCGAAAACCUGAGCAACAAACCAAUCGGGGUACUAUUUUCUCGACCACAACAUGUUAUAAAUCACGAAAGUGCAGCACACAAGACGUUCACCGAUAGCUCCUCGCGGGGUGUGCAUUCAGUUUAGCCAAUGUGCAUAAGGAGAACGGGAGAAAGGGGAAAGAAGGGAUUGAGAAGAGGGAGGGGAGGAUCAAGGGCCGGACUGAUGCAAGUACAAAGCGCCCCAGCGCGUGGAGAGGUGAGGUGGGGAGGAGCAAGUGGGGAGCAGGGAGGGGGGUUCGUCAACGAAACAAGUGGACUAAGGAAUAAUGAAGGGAGAGAGAGAGAGAGAGAGAGAGAGAGAGAGAGAGAGAGAGAGAGAGAGAGAGAGAGAGAGAGAGAGAGAGAGAGAGAGAGAGAGAGAGAGAGAGAGAGAGAGAGAGAGAGAGAGAGAGAGGACGAGAGAGAGAGAGAGAGAGAGAGAGAGAGAGAGAGAGAGAGAGAGAGAGAGAGAGAGAGAGAGAGAGAGAGAGAGAGAGAGAGAGAGAGAGAGAGAGAGAGAGAGAGAGAGAGAGAGGCGAUCGUUUAGACGGUCAGAUAGACUGAUUAGGGAGGCUGAUAUGGGGAAUGUACUGUAAGGGUCGUUCAAAUCGUCCAGUGGAAUAAAGGGAGGAAUGGCAGAUACUUUGCAUAGAUAACUAGAAACUAAGGAUGAUGGCAGCAGCACAAUGUUUAGUCAAUGUAGGUAAGGUGGACUGAGCAGCAAAUCAGAAUAUAUUUUAAAGUCUGGAGGAGGAGGGAGCAUCUUCAGCCGAUGGCUGCACGAGUUAGUGAAAACGGGCUCAGAGAGCUGGAACCUCUCUGCACGUGAAUGGAUGGAUGAAUGACUUGCUGCGCUAGUUGCUAACAAAAUUUAGAGUACAAAAAGGGGAGAGAUGAAAAAUAACUUAUUGUUUAAAUCGUACGAUGUCAUGUCUACAACCGUUUAGUAAAGAGACAUCCACAAAUUCAAAUGAUAUCAUGAUCAGUUUUUUUUUCUGUAAAAGUACAUUACUUUUAUUUCCUUGCCAAGUUUCGUAAGACGUGCCAAAUGCAGUCACUGGGGUAAGACAAGAAAAUUUCUAAGAAACUACGGCACAGGCGAAAAGCGCAGACAAUGUUCAUUGUUCAUGUCAUUACCGAGCGUACUUAUUCUUAAUCGAAAAAGGUCAAAAUUCAUACUAAAAUGUCAGUGGCGUGCGUUCUCGCAACAGCAAAAUUUGCCCCUUUCAAUGCAGCAAAGCUCCAAUAUUCGGUUCGAAGAAACUUGCCAGCUUCACAGGAAGUGUCCAUUUCCGACGAAAGAAUGUGCGCGCGCUAAGUGACCUGAUUGCGAGGGGCCAAUAUUUCACGAUAUGGUGUUUGAAUAACUUUGAACACUGGUGGAUAUUGAAGCUGAAAUGGAGCAUGGUGCGGUUGAUGGAGAUAAGCGUGCAACGUGUGAGGAGAUAUGGUAGAUUCUAAGAGUGGGAGAUAACUUAAAAUAUGUUCAUGAGGAGCAGUGCACUGUCGAGCUGAGGAAAGUCGCAGGUUAGUCGCUGGCGGUUGAAAAGAUCGAGAGGGUCUAGACAUUUCUUAGAAACAGUAGCGAACAUGUAGACUGUAGACUAGAGUUGGCAGCCAUGCCUGGUAGGGUGCGCUGACUGGAAGUGAUCAGAAACGCAGACGGAAGGAAAGUCCAUCAUAGUCACUGAACUUCCCACUUAUGGCUAAAUUGGUAUGGAGUACCAACAAAUGUCAAUGGGGCUUAGUUUUCCUGGAAUUGGCAUCUCUGACGAGGCUCAUCUGGCUGUGGUGUGAAUGAUUUGUGGCGCCGCCCUGCAAAAGGGCAGAAUGCUGACAGCUUCGCGAGACAGCACACGAACUCGAAUGAAUAUGCUUGUGAAAUGUAGAUCACGGUAGAAAACAGUAGAAACUUUCGGAAAAGUAAGCAAAUUAGUAGAAUACUGGUGAGCAGUAGGGCUUGACGGAAUACGACGGACGAGAAUGGCUAGCUUUUGAAGGCUAGUGCAGAAAUGCAUUCGGAGUUGCCUUUGAAUGAGUGAUGGGAUAGUGCGAGAGCUUGAGAGAGUGCAAUGUUCGAGCGAGCAAUGGAAGAAUCAAUACGGCUGUGUGCUUAUAUUGAUAAGACCGGAGACAGUCAGUGGGGAGAGAACGAUUUACACUUGCAGUCCGAGACUGAUAGGCCGGCUAUCCUGAUUUAUAUUUAUGCUUAUUUUCCACCAUCCUUGCUGACGCAAUGGACUCACCGCACUAAGGCUUAGAUACGAGACGAAUGAUGUGUUCGAUGAAAUUGUGUAGUGUCAUACAAAAGCCAGCUUGUCCAUGUUUGCGCCCAAGGGCGAAGGCGAUAACAGAUUGGUUGACUGUUGCCUCCCCUUUCCACCAACUGUGCGUCAGUUUCAAGAAGAACGUCAGUAACGUCAGUUUCACUUUAUAGAUCCACCCGUUCAGAUAACGUUGUGUACAAUUAACUAUGCAGUAAAAGUCAUCCAAUAGCUUGAAGGUUUAGCAUCGAACCCUAAAACCUGCACACUGACUAUCGCCAUCUCGGCGACAUCUGGCCCAUUUUUGGACGUGAUGUGCCAUCAGUUGGUACAAAUAUAAAUCAUGCCGGCCGUUUCGCAGCACCAGAAUACAUGCAUACCAGUACACAUGAUCGUAUUUUGUAUUCGUUACGGGUCGAUAUGCUUGUUAUCUGUAUGUGAUAGUCCAUUGUCUGUGAAUGUGCUAUGUAAGCGCGCUUAGAGUAAGGACGUCGCUUAGAACUAGGUGUACAAAGCAGUGCUUGUAUGUAUGCCAGCUGUACUGUUGUGGUCUUGAUGUGUUCGUGGCGCUCUGUGACUUAGACUAGACGCAUAUUUAAGCGGUAAGGUCCAUUUGGGACCAGCCACGCCUACCGUGGUCCGACCAAGUGAACGCAGCCAUGUCUGACGAGGCCUAAAGGCGGUGUUUUCAGACUGCUGCUUUGUAUUACAUACAAUUGUAUUUAGAGCGUAGACCGGUAGACAUCAUGUGUGUAAGCUUUUCGUAAUAAAUAUAGUGUGUAGAAA